AUGAGGUGCGUCGCGUGGUGGGUCCUUCUCGUGGCCGCCGCGUUGGUGGGCGCUCGAGGGAACCGCACUCUGUCCGCGCUCGCGUCGGUGUCGGAGACGUGGUACGACGACCGGUUCGCGCUGGUUCCGGUUGAGUUCGGCGGCGGUGGCGGUGACGGCGAGGGCGCGGUGGGGCUUCGCGGGGAGCUCCCGUGCCAGACGUACUCGGCGAACUCGAGGUCCUGCGAGGAACUCAACGGCUCCGGGUCGUUCAACACCACCUGCGUUAUAAGCUCCAGCUCUUCGCUGGACGGUGAUCUGUGCGUGUACGGCGACGGGAGCGUGGAGAUUCGGUCCCACGUCAAGAUCAUCUGCCCCGUCAGGGGAUGCUACAUCACCGUCAAUGUCUCGGGGAGCAUCAGGAUUGGCGAGCAUGUCGAGGUGAUUUCAGGGUCGGUUAGCCUGUACGCGGCCAAUGUGUCGUUGGAUCGCCACUCCACCAUCAACACCACUGCGCUCGCUGGUGAGCCUCCUCCCCAGACGAGUGGGACGCCGCACAGCCUGGAAGGGGCAGGUGGUGGACAUGGUGGGAGGGGUGCGUCAUGUAAAGUCUCCAAUGACACCAACUGGGGAGGCGAUGUGUAUGCGUGGUCGACGUUGGAUUGGCCCUGGAGCUAUGGCAGCAUGGGCGGCAGCAUGUCCGCUGAUCAGUUUGGAGGGUAUGGUGGAGGCCGCGUCAUGCUUAGGACAACCGACUUUCUGAAUGUUGAUGGACAGGUGCUUGCUGAAGGUGGUGUUGGCAGUCUCAAAGGUGGCGGCGGCUCGGGGGGAAGCAUUAUAAUACAGGCUUUCAAGCUGUAA